UUAAGUUUGUACGUGGAAAAGUUAUUUUUCUAUCUUUGUGCAUUAAUAGCCAUUUCUCCAAACAGUUUUCAUAGAAUAUAUGCUUACAAGUUUCUGGCCUUUUUAAGUGAUCAAGAAGUGAAGAUACAAAAGUGUGAAAGAAGACAAAAUCAGGUUAUAAGUCUUGAGGAUCCUCCAAAUAUUGGAGUAGAUAGCCUUCCGACGUCCCCAUGCAUUGAUAGUGAUUCAGUUACACAGCCUCCUAUACAUGCUCAGGAUCCUCGAAAUGUUGGAAGGUUAGAUGAUCUCGGGAGGUUGAUUAUCGUUCCCGAUAAAGCUGGGUUUCAUCUUUGUACUCAAGCUACAAAAGCUGUUGUUGAAUCAAUGUGUUCAUUUUAUCAUGGACCUUGGAGGUUUUGGUCAGAUGUUCCAUGGAACAUUAGGGGCAGGAUGUUUGAUGAAUUUAGGAUGAAGUGUGCUUGGCCAGUUGAACGUGAGGUAGAGGUACGAGGCGUCUUUUUUAAUAAAUGUGCUGAUAGGUUGAGUGAUAUGCUUCGAGAAGCUCGAAAUAAGAAAGAGAUGCCAGGUUGGAUUACCGAAGAUAUAUGGAUCAAACUAACUGAGUAUUGGGCCUCUAAGGAAUUUGGAAAGAAAAGUGAAUUGGCAAAGGCAGCCUGUUUGUCCGACAAAGGUGGCUCUAUGCACACAGGAGGUUCAAUAAGUAUUGGGGCUCAUCGAAGAAGAUUGUUUAAAUUAAAUCAUAUUUCUUGUCACUGUAUAAAUCAUAUUUCCAAUUUUGCUUCUGUUUAAUUUUAACUAUCAUAAUUCUUGUCAUUGUAUAUAGGGCCAAUAUAAUCUAAUAAAUUCACGACCUUAUUUUUUU